AUGGAGUGGACUGAUGACAAAGUGUUGGAGCUCAUUGAAGAGUACAAAGCACGGCCAGUGUUAUGGGAUCCCACUAGUGCGGAUUAUAAACUCUUAAACAAGAAAAGUGACAGUUGGAAAUCGCUGGCGGCUGUCAUGACUACCGAUGUUGAAGAAGUUAAGAAGAAAAUUAAUUCAUUACUGUCGUCGUUCAGGCGAGAACGGACCAAGGAAAAUAAAAAGUCCGGCAUGGCUGCAAAUGAAGUCUACAAGUCCAAUUGGUUUGCCUAUGCCCCGAUGGCAUUCCUCAAGGAUAAAUUUAAAGUGAAUGAUACAAAGAGCUCAGAGGAGAAGGAGACGGCUUACGGAACGGAAGUCGGACUCGGACUAGAACCAAGCCAAACGAAAUGGCGGCAAACCUUGAAUCUUGAAUUGAAACCUAGUGUAGCGAAGCGACAGUGA